CGCGAGGAUGAACUCGAACGGCUCUUUCAGCAAGCCCCGCAAUUUGGUCCUUUUGGUGUGGGUCCUGAUGCUGGGCUCGAUCGGCAUCGCGUUCCACGCGCACCUCAUGCAGCAGCAAAUGGAAAAGUUGCGGGCCACCGUGGACGAGCACAGUUCAAGGUUGAUGGCGCCUUUGAAGCAGGCCGAGGUGGAAUUGGCGAAGUCCCACGAGGCCAGGUGGACGGCCGCCAUGGACAGCGUGCGGAAUGCCCAAGCGGAGAUGCGGAAUAAGGGAAAUUUGCUGAGCCAGGUCAAGGAUAAGGUCAUGCAGUACGUGACCAAGAAUAAAAAUGCGGACGGGUUCGUUAAAAAAUUGCGAGACGAGUUCGAAUCCGUGCUGCAGACCGAGAUUGACAUCUUGCAAGCGAAAAAGGGAAUUUACAACCUGAGUGUGGAAAUCAGGAUGCUCGUCAGGGAGAAAAUCUUAAAGCUGCCCAUUGAUACAAAAGCGUUAUACACACACGACGGAAAAGAACUGGAAAACCUCUUGAAGAUGGACCAGGAGGACAACGAGUUGAUCAAAUACGUGAGAAGGAAAAUGCUGGUGACGCCUUCCCCCCGGAACGUUCCCUACAAUUUACAAUUCCCUCUGAAAAAGGACCGAAGCGAGGGCCAGUUGCCCGCAUUUCUAGACAUUUUCGCCAAUGUGUCGACUGGAGGUUAUUUCAUCGAGUGCGGCGCCUUCGACGGCGAGGAAAUCUCCAACACGCUCGACCUGGAGGAGCGAUACAACUGGACCGGCGCCCUGAUCGAAGGGUCGCCCACCAAUUUCAAAGUUCUCACCUCCAGAAACCGAAAGUCGACUUUGGUCCCUGCUUGUUUGAGCGUGGAAAAACACCCGACCCAAGUCAAAUUCGAGGACGGAAGUACCUUGGGGAAAAUUUUCAACGUCAGUGGUGUUCCCGUGCAGAGCAUUCCCGGUCGUCCGAAAAAUCCGUUGCUUGAUGUCCUCUGCCUGCCAUUUUACACGAUUUACAAAGCGCUGGACCAAACCGAAAUCGACCUUUUCGUUUUGGACAUCGAGGGCCACGAGAAUGAGGUUUUGCGCACGAUCCCUUUCGACAAGGUCGCCAUACACGUGUUGAUUGCCGAGUUCAGUCACGGAGUAAAGUUCACCAAAGAGGACAUGAAAAAGUUCAUGCUGGAGAAAGACUUCCGCCUUUACGAAGGCUCAAAGCAAAACUACUGGCCCAAGGAGAAUUUCAUGUUUAUCAAAAAAGGAUGCAAAUAUGAUACGAAACAUCCUUAAAUUUUCUAUUAGUAAAUGUGUUUUUUGCUUUUAUUUUGUUUAAAUUAUUUUAAAUAAAAUUUUUGUAUCAUUUCUCAAAAAUAAUUGUGAAUAAUCCACAAAUUUCAUCAACACUAAUUUCAGUUAGAAGAUAUUAAAAUUAAUGUUAUUAUACUGUUGCUUGGAGAUAGUUUA